GAGAGUUACAAUAAUGAAGUUCAGCUCACGAUUCUUACUCCUGGCCUGUCUCUGCCUCUUGGCCGCUUCGACGAUGGCCCAAAGCGAUGAGGAAUACGAGGAAGAUUACGACGAAAGCGACCCGAGCGACCAGAGCGACCAGAGCGACCAAAGCGAAUCAGACUCCGAUGUUACAGAUGCGGAUGUUAGCUCCACCAAUGCACCAACAAUUGUGCGUAGAACCACCCGCAGACCCACUCGCAAAAAUAACGGUGGCAGACCCGUCAACAAGAAAAACAACAUCAAGAAACAGAACGGAAUUAACAACAAAAACAGGCUAAACAACAAAAAAUCCAACAACAGCAACAACAACAGACGCAACAACAACGCCAACAAACGUCGAACAGCCGCAAACAACGCACGUAACUUAAGAAAUAGACAACGCGGCUAAAUGGAUGGAUGAAUGACAUUAAAACCUUGCCUAUCUAUGAAUAUAUGUAAUUAAUUUUUUGCAACUUUUCUUCAUAUUUUAUGGAAGAUUUGUACAAUAAACCUUUUUGAUUGAAGUUAAAAA